UGUGAGCUUUCCGAUGAAACUGCAUGCAAGUAGGCAGUACAGUCAAAAUAAAUAUAGUCGACUAUGGCACUAUCUCUGGAAAAUAGCACUUUAACAUGCAGCGUGGUUCUUGAAUGGUUAGACGGAAAUGGUUCAAUUUCACGAAAAGCCACUUAUCGUACUGCAAUUUUACGAUUGUUAAGAAAUGACCUGCGUCAAAUAGUACUCGAGGUGUGCGUAGAAAAAGCUAAGGUAGCUACAAAAUUACGCCUCAAAGGUAUUUCUGUAUUCAAUCGUUACAUGAAUGAGGGUAAAGCAACAAUAAAGUUUCCAGAUGAUAAAUGCACAAUAUUUUUAUCAAACGCUCCUACUGUUCAGCUUGUAAGUUUUCUUAAAAUGAUUUUUGUCAAAAUGACUGGACAAACAAAGGAUAUGCAAGGAGAAAACGUAUUACAUAAUAAACUAUUGUCGGACAAAAGAGGGGGCUUGAGCAUAACAGAAAACAUAAGUCCUGCUACAAAUGCAGAAUUAGCAAUAGCUAGAGAGAAGGCACUCAAAAAAUCAAGAGCGACGACAACCUCACCUUCCCCAAAUAGCGUGAGGAAAAGAAAACUGAAUAUUACACCUGCAAAGAGAUUGUAUUCCAAUGCAUUUACCGGAACUAUGAGUGAAGAGCAGAAAAGAAUUUUGGAUACCGUUUUGAAAGGUCACAAUAUUUUUUUCACUGGUAGCGCGGGUACCGGCAAGUCUUUUUUAUUGAAGCGCAUAAUAGCAGGUUUACCACCGGAUGUUACUGUAACGACUGCAAGUACUGGAGUUGCUGCUUGUCAUAUAGGUGGAGUGACACUUCACCAGUUUGCUGGAAUUGGACUUGGCAGUGCAACUUUAGAUCGUUGUUACGAAUUGGCUUCUAAGCCAGCAGUUGCAUCUGUCUGGCGCAAAACAAAACACCUUGUCAUAGACGAAAUUUCCAUGGUUGAUGGUGAUUUUUUUGAUAAAAUGGAAGCUGUGGCAAGGCACAUAAGGAAAAACGAUAAACCUUUUGGAGGUAUACAGCUUAUUCUGUGUGGUGACUUUUUUCAAUUGCCACCGGUCUCUAAAAGUGAGAAGAAAACGAAGUUUUGCUUUCAAAGCAUGGCAUGGAAGGAAUGCAUCAAGUAUAAUUUUGAAUUAAACACAGUGUACAGACAGGAAGAUCCAAAAUUUGUUGACUUAUUGAAUCGAAUUAGAGUUGGAUAUGUUACAGAAGAAAUUGCUUGUACUCUGAGAGCUACUUCCAGCCAAAAGAUUGAGAAGAAUGGAAUUUUAGCUACAAGGCUUUGUUCUCAUAUUUGCGAAGCGGAUGAGAUAAAUUCUUCCCAGCUGGAUAAACUCGCAGGUGAGGAAAAAAUUUUCAUCGCCCAGGACUCUGAUGAAAAUAUGACAAAAAUAUUGGAACAGCAGCUACCGGUUCCCCAUAAAUUGACAUUGAAAGUGGGAGCACAAGUUAUGCUCUUGAAAAAUAUAAACAUUAAUAGUGGUCUCGUUAAUGGAGCUCGUGGCAUUAUUGUCAAGUUUGUUGGUGAUACACCGGUCGUACAGUUCCGAUCGGGAAAAGAGUAUCAUGCCACCCUGGAGAAAUGGACAAUCAAAAGAAUGGGUAAUAGUUUUGUUCACAGGAAGCAAAUACCUUUAAAACUUGCUUGGGCAUUUUCGAUUCACAAGAGUCAAGGUUUGACUCUCGAUUGUGUAGAAAUGAGUUUGGGACGAGUUUUUGAUGCGGGCCAAGCAUACGUGGCACUCUCACGCGCUCAAAGCUUAGAUUCACUGAGAGUCCUGGAUUUCAAUACUGAACAAAUAUGGGCAGACCGGAACGUAUUAGAAUUUUACAAAAGAUUUCGUCGUAAUCUCCAAGAGAUAAAACUUAUACCACUUGGAAAAAAAUUCAAGCUCACAGCACAAAACAAUCCAACGACCACUCCCAAUAGAAAAUGAAAUUGGUAGAUAAUAAAAAAUACUCCAUAAAUUGAUCAGUUGAAUUAAUAAUCUUUUAGAAAAUAAUGAUUUCCACUAUUCGUUGGAUAAAAUAAAGCUAACUUCUUUGCUAUG